AUGAUUUGGGAUUGCUUGGCCAUGGUAGUGCUACUCGUUGAGAUUCUCACCGCUCCUCUGCAAGUCUACGACAUCAGCGAAGGCUUCCGAGGUGUGUCGGAUGUGCUUCAUUGGGUGACUACCUGCUACUGGUUGCUAGAUGUUCCGGCCUCCUUCUUCACCGGCGUCUACAUCAAUGACAUUUUGCACACGAAACUGGCGGACGUGGCCCGUGCAUAUCUCAAAUCCUGGUUUUGGUUUGAUAUGCUCAUGUUAGCACCUGAAGCUUUGGUGAUUGUGAAUGGCUUACUGGAGCCUGGCGAUGCAGAGGAGCCUGGCGGCUCCGCCUCGGGGAUCCUGCGUGCCUUGCGCGCCCGGCGCCUGGUGCGGGUCGCGCGCUUCGUGCGGAUCCUGCGCUUUCGGAAGUCCAUGACGGUGAUCAAGAAGCUGAGCUGCUAUCGGCAAUUCCGGCUGUUCUUCCAGGGUUGGGUCUCCUCCACUUUGAUGCCCAUCCUGAUGCUGACGUUGGGCCUGAUGUUUGCGGUGCAUUUCCUGGCCAGCCUGUGGUUCCUGGCUGGGGAUGUGGAAGGUGGCUGGGUGGUGUUGGAAGGCCUCCAUGAACAAACCAUCGGGCAACAAUAUGUGAGAAGCGUGGAGUGGGCCGUGUCCCGGUUGCCUGCUUCGUCUUUAAAGUUCAAUGUGGAACUCAACACUGCCUUUGAACGCUGGCUGGCCAUUAUUGCCACAGGCAUCGCCUUGAUCAUCUCCUCCUUGUUUGUCAGUGUGUUGACCAACCUGAUGGCAGAUGUCGCUCGCCGAACCCGGAAGAUGACGCAGAUCAUGGAGUCGGUGCGAAGGUAUUGUGGAACCUGUGGCGUCUCUGCCAUGCAUACGAUGAAGAUCCGCCGGCUGGUGGAACGUGAGCAUUGCCGGGAUAGCAUCCAAGACCACAUGCAGUUCUUGCUCUCUUUGCCCGAAGGUCUGGUAAAGGAGCUUUUUCAUGAGGCUCGCUCCAUUACUUUGGCUUGCCAUCCCUUUUUCCUGGAGAUCGGCGCUGCCGAUACCACCAUGGAGUUGAACCUUUGCAACCAUGCUGUCCGUGAAUUGUACCUCUUGGAGAACGACAUGCUUUUCUACAGCAAUCAGAAGGGUCAAGGCAUUUACCUCAUGGCCUCUGGGGCGGCGCACUAUUUUCCGGGCUCCGAGUUCUACCAGCCUCAGGUCGCCACGCCGCACGAGCGGACCAAGAACAAGCACGGCACCAUGAGUUUCCUCGGUGUCUUCGGGGUGGGCUCCUUAGAAGGUCAGAGCACCGAGAAGAGCGAAGGCCCGGGGGGGAGCGAAGGAAAAAGGAAGAACACCAGGGGAAGAACUUCCAACGCGAAAGAAAAACCAUCCAAUUCGUGA